AUGCCCGUCAUUAUCAGACCAUCGGGCAACGCUCCAAGGCUCAUAAAAGCAUACGAGUUCAGAAAGAUAGACCGCCGGUGGCAAUUUGAUGACAUGUGCCCCAAAGAAGAAGAAAAGGUCAAAUGCAUCAUUCAGUCGUCGUUCGAUUCUGAAACAGACAUCAUCAGUGCUACCAAUGGGUUUGUGCUGGGCGCGCUUAAAGCAUACAGCAAACAUCAUCAUCUCAUUCUCCGACCAGACGAUAUUUGGUUGGCAAUUCUGACGCAGCUGAGCUUCUUUAUAAAUCGGAAUGCCGACGCACUUCGACACUUGUUCGUUGCGCAUAAUAAGAAGAAAUGCUUGAGUGUCAUAUCGCCAGAGAUGUUGAAGAAGCAAGACAUGGGAGCGAUGGCGAAAGUCCUUGCUGAAGGCAUGGGCCAAAACAUGAAAGACAAGAGCUUACAUAAAUGGAUCAUACCGGACUUUACAACCACUACGGACACAGACGUUGUGGCUGCAUCUGUUGUCAUGGCGGGUGCUUUUCGUUCGUAUUUUAACUAUAGCUUCAGUUACUACUGUGGCAUGCCGUCGAUAACACUUCUGGGAACGAAAGAAGAUUGGUCCAACCUUGGGACACGCCUAGAUGGCCUUACCACGCUUACAAACGGCUUACCACCGGACAGUCAGCCGUCAGAAGAGCUGCAUCAUUUUCACCAACUCUUGGUCCCAGUGCUUAACCGCAUGGCUCGAACAUUCGAUGAUCCUACAGAUCCAGAAAUUGUCGACUUCUGGUCCCGUAUGGUUCACGAGUCUCGGGGCAGUGGGGUGCAUUACAUAUCUGGUUGGCUGACAGCCUUUUGCUUCUGGUCUUCAAAAGGCGAUGCGCUCUACUAUGAACCCCAGGAAGCAGUCGACAUAAGUUCGUCAGACAAGACUCGACCGGGCUGCGUCCUAGAUAAUGUCCGAUACCACCGAACUGAUACAGAUGUUAUCCCAAUAGGAUGGGCCAGUGCGCCUAUUGACGUGGAUGACAAUGGCUUCGUGUACAAGGCGAUGAUGAUUGCGGGUUCCAUGGGUAUGAAGGUCUCAAGUAGUGGCGAGAAGCUGGACCGAACUGGCAGAUAUUGCGAUACCAUUAGCGCCGACUCUGAUGGGAGGCAUGUAGUCACGGAGAAAGGUGAGAUCUCGACAGUCACUUUUAAACGCACUGAUGAAGAUGACUUGGAGACGGGCCCUGAUACGCUUCAGCCAGUGAUUGGGUGGUGGAUGUAUGAGAUAGCAACGCAGAAGAGCGAGGGCGAUGAAUAUUGGGAGGCGGAAAGUGAGAAAGACUGGAUACCAGCAGGGUUGGUGGCUUUGCUCAGUAAUACUUGA